AUGGAAUUGGCGGAACCGACCGAACCAGACGAUGGGGAAGCCGCAAGGGGCCGGGGAGAGGCGGAAGAGGCGGUGCGAGAGGCGCGAGAAUUGGCGCGAGAGGCGGCGCGAGAGGCGACGCGAGAGGCGCGAGAGUUGGGGCGAGAAAUACGAGAGGCGCGAGUGUUGGCUCGAGAGUUACGAGAGGCGCGAGAGGCGACGCGGGAGGUGCGGGAGGCGGCUGGAGAGGCGCUAGCGGCGGCUACGGAAGGUGGUGCUCUAUCGACACAGGAGCUGGUGAACAUGAUCUACCGCGCCGCGAACCCCGUUAACCCCGUGAACGAGGAUGAUGAUGAUGAUUCGUCGUUGGACGACCACGGCGAUAGUGGCGACGACAGUGAGGAGGAGGACGAGGAGGCCAAUAACGGGGAUAUGGAGGCGAUGGAAGCGAGGGUUGCGAGGGACGCGAGGGAUGCGGAGAUGGCGGAAGAAGGGGAGAUUGUUAUGACUGACGAGGGUGAUAUGCUGGACGACGAUACAGACGACGAUGAAAUUGACGAGGAUGAUGAUGAUGAUGACUCGGACGACGAUAGCGAGAAUGAUUAUAACGAGUUUGAGGACCCGCACUAUAACGAGCGGAGGAGGUCGGUUCUGAGGGUUGCGUCCGCGAUAGCAGCAACUCCGCUAGACGACUGGGGCGCGGUGAAGGGCGCGGAGGUGCACGAGGAGGCAAAGUACCUUUUGGAUAACACCUGCUCCACAUACCGCCUGCCCUCGGGGGCAGCCCCCCCCGGUCCCUACUUUCCUCGAAUCAUCCAUCCUCCCAUCCUCCCAUCCCUCAUCCUCCCCAUCCCCUCCUCCCUCAUCCUCCCCAUCCUCCCAUCCCUCAUCCUCCCCAUCCCCUCCUCCCUCAUCCUCCCCAUCCCCUCCUCCCUCAUCCUCCCCAUCCUCCCAUCCCUCAUCCUCCCCAUUCCCUCCUCCCUCAUCCUCCCCAUCUUCGACUCUUCCCCUUCCCUUGCGUUCCGCAGGUGCUGCGACACUCUCGUGGCAGGCCCCGGCCCUGUGGCCUCUGAAUAUGCCGCACAAAGCUCUGCCCGGGACGAUGCAGCACCAGCACCAGCAUCAGCAUCACACUCCCACUCUCCUUCCUCCGCCCCUUCCUCCUCCGCCGCCCCCCCACCGACCCCACCGUUUUCCCGAGAGAUCAUAUGCACGGUGCAGCGCAUGGUCACGCUCUACAGCACGGCGCGGCGGGAGGUGGUGGCAGUGACGUCGCUGCCUUCAGAGCCUUACAGCGUUGACCGUUUUGGAGAUGUGGUGGUUGCGGGGUGCUAUGGGACUGUCUGCUUCUACCUCAUUCGGCGGGAGGUGGUGAAGAAAACAGCUGGUUGGACCAAGGACGGCGCUCCAGAGCUCACCACCGCAUCCCACCCCGCCCACCACCAUCACCACCACUACCAACCACAGCAGCAGCAGAGCGGCGUCAAGGGCGCAGCAGGGGCAGCAGCAGCAGAGGAGGAGGAGGAGGAGGAGGAGAGGGUGUGGUUUGAGGCGGCAGGGAUGGUGGGGGGGUUCGAGAGCAGUCUGAUUGGCUCCUCUAUGUGUAACUCUGUGCGGUUCGGCACAGUUGGUAACUGGGUGCGUGGGUGGGGGGGAUGGUUGGAUCUCGGGGGAGCAUAG